AUGGUGAAGGAUCAACUGACGCAGAUCUAUACACAAAAUGAGCUUAGCUGUAUGGCAACAUACUCCAUUAAGGCUGUAUAUCACAAACUCAUGGGGGAGCAAUCUGCAGUUACUUGGGAUAAAAUUGUAUGGAAUAGGUUAAGUAUUCCUAAGCACAGGUUUAUACUUUGGUUGGCUAUGCAAUCAAAGCUCCAAACCACUGCCAAGCUAGCCCAAUAUGGUAUUAGCCAAUCAGAUAUGUGUCUAAUUUGUGCAGAUGCUAAGGAGGAUCAUAAGCAUCUCUUCUUUGCCUGUUCAUAUAGCAAAGAAUGUUUAAAGCAGUUUAAAGAAUGGACUAGCAUCACAUCAGCUUCUACAGAUCUGCAGCAGCUCAUCAGGAACAUACAGAAUGGAAGAAGGUCCAAGUUUCAGAAGCAAAUUUUACUAGUUGGACUAGCAGCUUUAGUAUAUCUUGUUUGGAAUAGCAGGAAUUCUAGCUACUGGCAGCAAAGUAUUCCUAGUGUUAACUAUGUUGUUAAGCACUUGAAAGCACACACAAAAGCUAGAAUAUGGGCUGUCUUACCCAAGAAGUUGUCUACGAAGGAUUAUCAGUGGUUCAAUGAAUUGUAA